AUGGUCCCAGCCUUGACCAAUAUCCUGAAAAAAUGGCUGAUCAACUUGACGCCCCCUCCUGCCUCCGUCAGGGUGAACUCAGAUGCCAGAGCCAUGUGCACGGUUGAGCUGGAACCUCACAUGAGAGCUGCAGACGACUGUGAACUCCAGAAAAUGUUGAACCUUUGCUUGUUUCACUCGCUGGACUCCUGCCUUCCCUUGAGGCCACUGGAUCCUCCUGUAAACCCUGAACUUUUAGCAUGUGUGCAGACAUCUGCCAGCCCCCAUGCGAUGCUGCCCCUCACCAGUCCAGACUCCCCCAUCAACUUUCUCUCUUUCAAUAAAUGCCAGAGAGAGUCUCAUCAAGUGGCCGCUGUUUUCCCAGGUGUGCCAGACAUGUUUUUAAUCCCUGUUCCUGAGCACAAUAGCCAAGAGGCUUGUCUGUUGCAUGGACAGAGUACUGCUCCUGAAUUUAGACCAGAUGGUGGUGAUGUGCAUCACUCCUCUCUUGCUCGUUGUCCCUCCUAUUCUCACGAGGAGCUUACAACUCAGAGUCACACUCAAAUAAAUGCAACCCAGCCUACAAUGGUGUGUGAGGGAUUAGCAGGAAUGGCCUGUCCUCUUCCAGCUUCUGUACAGCCUGGCACUGACGUGUUAAACCUUGACCAGAUGGAAUUUAAAGCUGGGCUGGAAGACGUUGUAAAGGAGCAGCUCUCCAAACAUGAGGGGCUAAAAGACAAAGCCUGGAGGCUGGAAAAGAGACUGCAAGCCCUGCUGGGAGAUCACGUCCUACUCCACUGCAACCAGCAGCUCGAGGGGCUGAAGAAGUGUCAAUUUGAAGACAUGACCCUUGACAGUUUAGACUCUGUAUACCAUGAGGCACCUCCCAAAUCCUGCACUAAUGCUGAUCUUUUUGGGCAAGAGUCAGCCACAAUUUGGUCUUCCUUCACGGAGGUCUCAGAGUUCUGUGACUCCAGCCAGGUGUUGCUGAGAGACCUGUUGGAGGUCCUGGACUCCGAGGCCACGGGCAGCAGCAGCUCAGAUGACGAGCCAGAGGAGGACAUGGUUCAUGGCAAGAUUUCUCUUGUCAGCAGUUGUGAGAGGCAGUGGCUUGAAGAAAGAGCCGAGCUAAGCAGCAGAUGGAGCUGGCUGCAGCUGCGUCUGUCUGAACUAAAAGGGAGAACGGAGCAACUGGUAGAGCUCCACCAAAACAUCUGCUCCACCAAGGGUAGGGUGGUGCUUGCAGACCCCCACCUACAGACUGGCAGGCAGAUUCAGCAGACCCUGAUGAGAGGAAAGGCUGGUUUAUCAUGCACGGCAUCUGAGGCUGACACUGAACCCUGCAGCCCCACACGUCUUCUGCACAAUAUAGAGAGACAGAGUGCUCAGCUGAGCCAGUUUGUAAACAGUCUCGGCUUUUCACCACUUUCUAAACAAGACCAGACGUGGAGGGGAAGAAAAACCUUCACCAGUGGUCAGGGAGGAGGUGAUGGUUUUCUGUCUGGGAGCUUUAAGAAGAGGAGGAGGAGAAUGGGGUCAAGACAGCUCUUCAAAGCUGAUGUAUCAUGUGUGUGUGCCCGCACCCGACCCCUGGUUACCUACCACAAACACAGACUGUUUACGUUCAAAUCCUUCAAUACCACAAGGUCAUUGAAAUCAAGAAAGUCCAUGUCGACAGUGUCCUCUUCUUUUUCAUCUUCCUGUUCAUGUGGCUCUUGUGAUCCUGAAGUCCUGAGUUCUGACCCUGACUGCAGGUCCAGCUCCAGAACUCCUCUGGUGCCUUUUUCUUCUGCUAGGCUUGAAGGCUUUUCUAUAAACCAUCAUGUUCAGGGAGCUGUGGCUCGAGAAGAAUGGCUUCAGAUACCUUUAGUUAUCAACUCUCAGCUGGCCAGUCCUGUGAACUACAAGAGAAACAGCUCAACACCACGACACAACAGUUACAAAUACAAGCAACGUGCACCGCAUCAUAAAAGAAGGGUUAUGGGUCUGUCACCAAUCAGGUCAUCAGGAUCUGCUUGGAAUCAUCGCAGCAGAUCCAAACCGAGGAGAAGGACGAGAGGACGGAGCCACAGGCUCAUUGAUGAUGAUCAAGAGGUCCCGUACCAGCUGUGUGAUGGAGAAAGUUCAGACGAUGCGUUUGAGGAGACUUGCACACGGAUCACACACAGCCAGUCCUCUCGGGGCUUUGUCCGAAAACGCCAAAGAGGCAGAGCGUACAAUAUCAACAACAUUAUCCUCCCUGUGUCACUUUCUAAAGUGGAAAAACUGCAGUACAAAAACAUCCUGACGCCCAGUUGGCGGGUAGCUGACACUGAGUGCCUGACAGAGAUGGAGGCAGAGAAAACUGAGGAUCUCAGCGAUGACGUCUUUGCUCAGAGGCACCUGCCUAUGGAGCAGAAAGAGAAAUUGCGCUGGUCAUCCUGGGGAAAGAGAACAUGCUGCAGGCGCCCUUCGAGAUCUGUCAGCAGGCUAUCAGGCAGCGGGGGCAGGAUGUACACAUCAGGAGAGGAGAGCUCUGUGGAGUGGAAUUGUGCUCAUCUGGAUUCUGAUGAGCAGCCAGGGUCAGAGGAGUGGCUGCCUCAAGCACCUUGGGAGCCCCGACUUUUUCCUUUGGAUGAUGUUGAAGAAGCCUCUUUGCUUUCUGAAGCAGAAGUGCCAUCUGGGUGGAGAGAGGCCAGCUCUGUUUCGUACUCAUCAAAGCUCUCCAGCACACCUUCUCAGUCAGUUUGUAAUACACUGCCCUCUCAUGGACAAACAAAGAACUACACGUUCAAUAGCAGCUGA